UUUAACCUCCUUGGCGGUAUUCCCGAGUGUAGCUCGGGGUAACAUUUCAGUACCAAAAGCGGUAACCCCGAGCUACACUCGGGAAUACCAUGCGGCGCUGCUCCGGCAUGUGUUCUUCACUUACCUUACCCUGCGCUCCCACGAUGUGUCCCCUGCAGCGUCCCCGGCCAUCUCCUCCGGCCGAUGCCGGCAUCCGGCUUCUGUGUCCUGUCCCUCGUCGGUACGUACGGGACGUACGGGGAUGAUGGAACCAGCGGGAAAUUCAAAAAUGUAAAAAUGUGA